AUGCUGGCUAUUGGGAGUCCUACCAGUUUGUUUACAAGCAGUAGCUGCAAUACUUUGCUCAGAGAGCUUCAGCAAAUAUGGACUGACAUUGGCGAGAGUGAAGCGGAAAAGGAUCGCUUGCUACUGGAGUUGGAGAGAGAGUGUUUGGAAGUUUACCGGAGAAAGGUUGAGGAGGCUGCCAAUACCAAAGCACGACUUCAUCAGUCUGUUGCAGCUAAGGAAGCCGAACUUGCAACACUUAUGGCUGCUCUUGGAGAGCUUAACAUUCAUUCUCCGAUUCAAACAGAGAAGAGGUCUACAUCAUUGAAGGAAAAACUUGCAUCUGUUACACCAGUGGUAGAAGAUCUGAGGAUGAAGAAAGAAGAACGGAUAAAGCAAUUUGUGGAGAUUAAGGCACAAAUUGAUAAAAUCAACGGCGAGAUAUCUGAAUAUAAUAGUCUCAACAACGCACUGAUGAGUUCUUUAACUCUAGAAGAGCAGGAUUUGUCCUUAAGAAAGCUUAGCGAAUAUCAAACACAUCUUCGGACCCUUCAGAAAGAGAAGUCUGACCGCCUUCACAAGGUCUUUGAGUAUGUGAAUGAGGUGCAUUCUCUCUGUGGUGUGCUUGGGUUAGAUUUUGGCAAGACAGUUAGUGACGUGCAUCCAAGCUUGCAUGGAACACACCAGGAACAAUCUACGAAUAUAAGCAACAGCACACUGGAAGGUCUAGAACAGGCCAUUCGCACGUUAAAGUUGGAAAGAAAAGCUCGAAUCCAAAAGCUGAAAGAUAUUGCAGCAUCAUUAUUUGAGCUCUGGAAUUUGAUGGACUCACCACAAGAAGAGAAAAACAAGUUUUUUAGAAUUACUUCUGUUAUUGGAUCGGCUGAAUCUGAAGCCGAACCAGUUCUUCUAUCAACAGAGAUAAUUGAACAGGCAUCGGCAGAAGUGGAGAGGCUCACUAAGUUGAAAGCGAGCAGAAUGAAAGAAUUAGUAAUGAAAAGGAGAUCAGAAUUGGAGGAUAUAUGCAAAAUGACUCAUAUAGAACCUGAUACAAGCACAGAUCCUGAGAAAUCCAAGGCAUUAAUAGAUUCUGGUUUAGUUAAUCCUUCUGAACUUUUGGUAAACAUUGAAACCCAGAUAGUCAGAGCUAAAGAGGAAGCUAUUAGCCGAAAAGAAAUUAUGGAUAGGAUAGACCGAUGGCUUUCUGCAUGCGAAGAGGAAAACUGGCUUGAAGACUACAAUCAAGACACCAACAGGUACAGUGCUGGAAGAGGUGCACACAUCAACCUUAAACGUGCAGAACGAGCUAGAGUGACCGCAAGCAAAAUUCCAGCAAUGGUUGACAAUCUGAUAAACAAAACCCUAGCUUGGGAAGAUGAAAAGAAGAUGUUAUUUCUCUAUGAUGGGGUAAGAUUGGUAUCUAUACUGGAGGAUUACAAACUUACCAGACAACAGAGAGAAGAGGAGAAAAAGAGAUACAGGGACCAAAAGAAGCUCCAAGAUCUACUGCUAACAGAGAAGGAAGCCAUGUAUGGAUCUAAACCUAGCCCACGGAAAACUAACAGUUUUAGGAAGCCAAAUGGUCAUCGUGCAAAUGGAAAUGGUUCUAUGCCUCCCACACCUCGUAGGAACUCGUUUGGAAGUGCAACUCCUGAGCUGCUCACACCUCGAUCCUUUUCUGGACGUCAAAACGGUUAUUUCAAGGAAACUAGGAGGUUAUCUACUGCACCGUUGAACUUCGUAGCCAUAUCAAAAGAAGAUACGAUGUCAUUUGCAUCUGUUUGUGGUUCUGAGCCUGGCUCUCCUCCUCAGGGUUAA